AUGAAGCCGGCGGGAACUCCCACGCGGAGCAGAGCUGCCGGCGCACCGGCGCGGAGAGGAACGGGAGCGGCGUCGUCGUCGUCGAGCGGAGGAGCAUCGCAGUAUAUCGACCCUUUGUAUGAGGACAUUCACGCGCCCAAGUACUUUAACUUCUGCCAAAAGGAGGAGGAGGAGGCGCUGCACUCGGGGGACUCGUGGUUCGACGGCGCGCAGGAUGCGGAGAUCGCGGACGACGGGGACAGCGCGGCGUGGGCUAUCCACGCCGCAUUGACUGCGAUCACGGCGACCCCGCCUGCUGUCGUGGCAACAACUUCCCGCGUGCGCGGAGUCCCCCUCAACUCCGCGCCAUUCAAGAGCGCGUCGUUCCGCGCGCGGGUCAUUGCGGCGGCGCAGGAGGCGCGGGAAUCGCGCGGGGAGAAGGCGGAUAGCAAGGCGGAUGACGGGGAAGAGAGGGGCACAGGGGAGGACGGGGGAGAGACGAGCGCAACAGAGGGCGCAAUUAAGUUGUCCGAGGCGGAAGCAGAAGCCGAGAAGAGCGCGAAGGGGACGAGCGCGCGCAAGGACUCCGGUCCCCCCGCCGCUGCUAAUGCGCGCGCACAGGCGGAAGCGACCAUCUGGAAGGAGGCGGAAGGGGAAGGCGGAGGGGGAGGCGGCGGAAAGGUGGAAGCGCAAGCGACGAUUCAGUCGUCGCCUGGUGGGCGACGCGUGGUGGCGACGGUGUCGUCGCCCGCCGUCGCCAAGGGGUCGGUGCAGGCGACGGCGACGGCGACAGCGAGCGCGUCGAUCUUCGAAUCGUCGCAGAAAGCGGCGCCGUCCGCGAAGGGCGCCGCGAAUGACGGCGGGCGGACGCCUGUAGCGACGGCUACGGCGACGGCGAGCGCGAGUGUGCGCGUGGGAGACGGAGCGAGGAAAGCGGAGCUAGGAGUGGUGACAGAUGCAGCGGAGAGAACACGUGCUGUUGCUGGUACGCCUGCUUUUGCUGGUGUUGGUGGUGGAAGGCCGAAGAAUCAAGGAGGAACGGCAGCGGAACGGGCAGCAGCAGCAGCAGCAGCGGCAGGUGGGGCACUCGCGACGCCUGUGACCACUGGGAAGGGUGCUGCUGCGGCAGCAGCGCCAGCAGCACCAGCAGCGCCAGCAGCAGGAGGAGCAGGAGGUAUGAGGUAUCCAGGGUUGCAGAGUGAGCAGCAGUUCACAGGUGAAUCUACCUCUCUGCGUGUGUCCGACGUGUCAUCACCUGGCGUCAGCAGCUGCUCCACGUCAGCAACGGCCGCGGGGGGGCAGCGGGCGGGCGGAAGAGUGAUGAUGGUGUGCAAUAACGCGCUCUUCCGCACGUCCCCGAGCCAUAGCCCUGUCGAGGCUAGUCCGGGCGGCAUCCCUGUUGCUGCAGCACGCACAGCAGCAGCAGCAGCAGGAGGAGGAGGAGGAGGAGGAGGAGGAGGAUUGUUGGCUGCGUCCGCGUUCGCUCUCACCCCUGUUGUCUCUGGUGCUUCGGCCUCUGGGAGUGGUGCAAGCAGCGACGGAAGCGGGGCGUUCUUUGGGGCUUCUGCUGUCACGGGAGUGGCGAGUGGUGGGGUUGUGGCUGCUGCUGCUGUUGCUGCUGCUCCUGGAGCCGAUACCGGGUCCGCUUGUAACGGAGCUGCUGCUUCGUCUCCUGCUCCAGCUCCUGCACUUGCUGCCACGACUGCUGCGGCGGCGGCUGCUCCUGCCACUCCUGCCACUCCUGCUGCUGAACGUCCUGCAGUGGCAGCGGACAGCACCAACACAGUGCAUGCAAUCUCUGCCGCUACUGCCUCUGCUUCAACACACGUCCAUGCGUAUUCUGCGCCCAAGCCUGUCAAGCCGUCCUUUCCCUCGUCCGCUUCGCGUGGACGAGAGAAUAAGACGGAGAGGAGGUGGAAGGUGGGAAGUGGGAGCGGCUCAGGGUUGCUCGCGCGGACUAGGUCGGUCGGCAGCAGUAUGCAGAGGUCGCUGGGCGUAGGGGAGAAGGACGAGGGAGGGAAGAAGGAGCAGCAGGAGAAGGUGGAGAGGGGUGAGGUGCAGAAAGGAAGGCAGGAGAGUCCGUCGCGCGAGGGAGACGGUACAAGAGUGGAGGGAGAGGGGAAAGGAGAAGGGAACGGCGAGAAAACUUGCGCGGAGAAAAAAGAGGGCGUGAGUGCAGUAGGGUUGGUGAAGCAGCACGUGGCAGAAAUUCAAGAGCUGAUAGAUAAGACCCAGAGAGGCGCCGAGGUGGGGAAGGAGAAAGGAAAGGGGCGAGGGAACGGGGAGGGGAAGGUGGGGGGGGCAGAGAGCGGAGCGAUGGGAAAGCUGCUGGCGGGCAAGGGGAAUGGUGUGGGAGGGAAGGGAGUGAAGGGAGGGAUGGGAGUGAAGGGAGGGACGGGAGGGGGAGUUGGAGGGGGAGUGGGAGCGGGAGCGAGGCAGCAAGGAGGGAUUCAGGUGCAGUCACGUUUGGGGCUGCCGCGGAAGGAGAAGGGGAGUGGGGGCGCGGAAGAGGCGCAGGGCAGCACUGGGGGGAGUGACUUGGGUGCGCGGCUGAAGGAACGAAGGGAGAAGGCAGAGAGGGAGAGGAGGGAGCGUGAGCAGAGGAAGAGAGAGGUGGAGAGUCAGAGAACCUCUGCUGCUGCUGCGGCUGCUCGGCCUGCGCCCGGCCCUAGUGCAACAGCCGGCGGCAGCAAUGGAAGAACGGUUGUGGCAGGAAAGGCUGUAGCGAGAAAGCCUGCUGCGGGGAAGGCUAUUGUAGCGAAGGUGGUGUCUGGGCGAGUGGCGGGUGUGAGUGGCUUUGGAGUAGGGAUUGGGGCAGGAGUUGGCGUUGGUGUUGGUGCGAAGCUGAGGCGACGGUCUGUGGCGCCAUUGAGUAUUCAGAAGGCUGUGAUGCAGGGGGUGAGGGAGAGGAAGGGCAGGGAGGGGGAGAGGCAGGGGAAGGUGGAGAGGAAGAAGGAGCCGGGAUGGAAUUACGCUGCUUCUGCGGCUCCUGCUGCUGCUAGAGCUCCUAGUGAAUCUACUGCUGCUGGUCCAGACUCUUCAACGGUGGCUGAAGCACAGGCAAAGGCACAAGCGCCAACGCAAGCAUCAGCAGAGUCAGCACCAGUGGUGGCUCACACGUGUUCUGCCUCGCACCAGCAUUCCCACCAUGCUGGGGUGGCAGGAGGAGCAGCAGGAGGCGCAGGAGGGGCAGGAGGCGCAGGAGGGGGAGUGGGAGGAGCAGUGGUGAGGUGCCGCAAUCCCAAGUGUGCGGCCAAUGACGAGAGCUUCGCAGCACGCAGCAAGCCAACGCCGGAGCAUCAGCAGCAGCAGCAGCAGCAGGGGGUUCAAGAGACCCCACAGGCCCUUCCAGCAGCCGCUGGUGCUUCUGCAGAGGCACCAGCAGUAGCAGCAGCAGGAGGAGCAGGUGGAGGAAAGAGGGCGGCUGUGAGGGAUAUAUCUGCGAGUAUAGACAUAGGGCAGACGACCGGGAGGAAGAUGGGGAGGAGAGAGGGGAGGUGUGGAGGAGAGAGGGGUGCAGAGGGGUUUGGUGGUUUUGAGGGGACGGUGGGGGGAGGAGGAAGGGGUGGAGAGCUGCUGGUGGAGAGUGUGGUUGAGAAGGGAGAGGGGGUGGAGGAGGAAGGCACACAGCAGCGUGUAAUAACAGUCACCCGUAGCAGCAGUGGCAGCAGCAGCAGCAGUGGUAGGAGGAGGAGCAGCAGAGGGGGAGCAGUCGGGGGAAGCAGGAGGAGGAGCCCACAAGCAGUCAUGUCUGCCGCCCCUAAAUGGGCUGUGUCCAGGGCUGGUGCAGACGAUUUUUCUUACACCUCCUCCCUCGCUUUUUCUUCUCCCUUCUCUUCCCACCGUCAGGGCUGGAGCACAUCCGUAUACGUGAGCACACCUGCAGGGAGCACAGAGGUGCAUGCGUCCCUCCCCGGCUCAGCCACCCCUGCUUCGCCCUGCUCCUCUCAUCAGCAGCACCAGCAGCAGCAGCGCAGUCAGCAUGUUGUUUCUGUGAGCACUGUGGGCGCUGUCGCUGCUGCCAGUCCUGCUGUGCGCUGCCCGCACACCACCACUGCUGCUACUGCUGUUGGCAGUGCCACGGCCAACGAGGUUUCCCCUGUGAAACGGGUCAAGCUCUUCUCUGCUGCUUCUGGCGCUGCUGCCUCUGCUGUCACUGCCCCUAGCGGAGCAAGUGUAGCAGGAACAGCAGGAGGAGGAGGAGGAGGAGCAGGAGCGAUCGAGCAAGAGCAGCAGGUGCAGCAGCAGCAGCAGCAGAAGCAGGAGCAAGCUGGUGGGGCGAGUGAGGAGGGUGUGAGGGAGAAUGGGGAUGAGGAGAGGCAGGAGGAGCAGGUGGCACGCAGUGGCGCUGGUGGUGCUGUUACUGAUGCUGCUUCAGUUGCCCCUGCUGCCACUGCUGUGUCUGCCACUGUUAACCAGCAGCAGCAGCAGCAGCAGCAGCAGUGGGAGCAGCGGGAGCAUGGGUUUGUGAUGCCGGAAGCAGAGCUGUACCUGAAGGGACCCCCCCAGUUCACAUGCCCGGAUGAGGUGCUGCUGCACACAGACAGGCGUGCUGUGGAGCGACUCGCAUACGACAUGCAGGUGGCACUGAAGCAGCAGCAGGAGGAGCAGGCAAGGAGGGAGGAGGAGGAGAGGCAGAGGGAGAGGGAGGAGGAGGAGGUGAGGAGGCUGCGACAGCAGAUGGUGCACAGGGCUCGCCUCAUGCCCUACUUUGGACGCCCUUUCAAGCCUCGCAGGUCCAGCAAGCAGCCCACACUGCCUCGUUCCCCUCUGCUGCUCACCAACGCUAGGCAUGCAACAACAGCAGGCAGUGUGUGCAACAGCUCCCUGAUUCGCUGA